CGAUAACUGUUUAUAUACGUGCUCGCGAGGGCUUCCUAACGUUAUCAAAAUAUUUAUUUACAAAUUUACGAAUCCGAAUAACAUGCAACUAUAUUAGGCAUAUAAUAUUAUUCAAACAGUGGCUUUCUAUAUUUUUAGUAUAGUUUUGUGUUUAAACAAUCUGCUGAAAAAUGUCCAAACCAUGUGCGAUCCAGAAACAGAUUGAAAGUUCCAACGAAACGAUAACGAGCCUUCGCGAAAGGAUUCGCAAAAUGGAACGGCGACUAGAUGACCCAGAACUACCGGAAGAACGUCGCGAAGAGGUAAAACUAGAAAUCAGCGAAAUCAAAAAGCUACUACAGACAAACGAGGAAAUGCUUCACAAAUUGCACAAGGAAAAUUCGAAAUCAUUCGCAAUUGCUGCUUGUUUAUUUUUUAUUUGCUUCCUGAUUUACGGAAUCUAUGUGCUUCUCAAUGGUGCCUGAUUCCUUGACCUUGCAAAAGUUUUAACGAAAAGGUUCCCGUAUGUAUUGAAUAAAUUACAAUUACGGGAGUUUCUUUUGAAUAAUGCAUAAAAACGCAUUUUUGUUUCUUACCAUCUGGUGGAUAGUUCA